AACAAAGAAUUUUAUGGGUUCGAGAGAGCCUCUAGACGAAGUGGAGGCUCUGACUCUCCCUGCAUUUGUUGGAAAUUGAGUAACCUAAGAGAGAGAUUGAUCGGAAUCAGAAGAAGAAGGAGAAGAAGAUAGAUUCAGCGCGGAGAGUCGUCGAUUAUCGAAGAUGAACACUGACAUCACUGCCUUGGAGAAGCCCCAAUACCCUGUCGUUGAUCGGAACCCUCCAUUUACUAAGGUCGUCGGAAACUUCAGCGUCCUCGAUUACCUCCGUUUCUCUACCAUCACCGGCAUUUCAGUCACCGUCGGCUAUCUAUCUGGGAUUAAGCCUGGGAUUAAGGGACCUUCAAUGGUAACUGGAGGACUGAUCGGACUCAUGGGUGGUUUCAUGUAUGCAUACCAGAACUCGGCGGGUCGACUCAUGGGUUUUUUCCCCAACGACGGUGAGGUCUCGAGUCACCAGAAACGUGGUGGUUUCAACAAAUGAUGGAUGACUCCUAGGUUUUUCCCUAGAUCUGGGCUUCAUCCUUUUGCUGCUUCUAGAAUUUGAAAACCCUCUUUUUUUCCUGUAAUUGGAUUGAUUCUCUCUGCUACUACUGCUCUUUGAGGAUUUGUUUCCCUCUCUGUUUGUCUGUUAUGACUUAUGAUCAAUAAAGACUUGAGCUUGCUCGAAAAUAUGUUAAAACGGUUUGAGGAUUCUGUACUUCUGCAAUCAGAUUACUCUGAUAAGAUCCUCUUGGUAUGUUAUAUGUAGUGUAGUGUAGUGUGUGUGUCAGUAUUGCAGAGUGGUGUGUAUCAGUAGUGUCAACGACAUUCCAGAUGAACAAGCUACAGCUGCAUUGUGAGUCUCACGAUGGUCUUUAGCCUCUAGGAUUGGAAUUGUAACUGGAGUAAUAAAGAGUCUUUGAGGUGAGCAAGCAGAUGUGGUAGCUUCAACCCAUGUGGUUUGCUUAGUGAUAUUUGGUUAGUUUGUUGUGCAGCUUUUGCAGAGAGGAUGAUGUAUCAACGGGUAUGAAGUGAGAGAGUCGAUCUAAUUGAUUCUGCUCUCCGAGACCUUUUCUAAUGAUUAAAAAAAACCACUUUUGCUCUCAAUUCUUCUCUCCAUCUCAACUGUGUUUGAUUUCUUCUUUCAUGUCAUGAGACUCAUGACUAUGUCUCUUUAACUCAACGUUCAACCCAAUAAAGUACAAUUGGC